UGGGUAGCUUUACUCGGAUUCGAGGCAGCGGAAUGACAGCUGAACGGGUCCUAAAGGUGCAGCAGUGCAGUCUGAAACGUUAACAGCGGUCAUACCCGCGUUUUAAAGAGCAGGACCGGCUCAUAUCACCGUUUCGCCUUUUCACGCCGACCGGCGGACGUGUCCGAGUUUAUCAGAGGACGGCAGCCGUUAACCUUGCGGAUGUUUUUUGUUCUUUUUCCACCCCGAGAGAACAAGGUCCGCGUCCGGAUGUGCCAGCAGUAUUGGCUUUUUCGCAUGUCGUAGGCACCUCUUUUUUUCUGAAUCGGGAUAUUGUUGAUGUUCGAGGGUCAAAGGAGGCCCUCGGGUCGACAGCUUGCCCCUCUAAUCUUAAGUAUAUUGCCCCAAAUCAGUGAUUUGUGAGGGAGAGAAAUUAACGAAAUGAUUGUGCAAUAGAGAGGAAGAGGCAUUUUCACACGUCUCGGCUACCUCAGUGUUGUGACUGUGGGAAAAAAAAGAAAGACAGACAGAGAUAGAAAGAGCGAGUCACCGGGAAUAAAAAUUUAUUUCCUGCUUUUAAAACACCACAAGGACGCGUUUGUCAGAGCUGCGGGGAGCUUUUUUACAAGUGCGAGAAAAAGGAAGAAAAAAAAAGAGAAGGAAUAUUGGCAUCCGUCCUGCGAGAGAGAGUUGUGAGUGUGUGUGUAUGUGCGUUUGAACACCUCCGAGUACCGGGAGAAGCUUCACGAUGACGGGCAGCACCCCAGCGGACAUGAUAAACCUGCGGCUGAUUUUGGUCAGUGGAAAGACGAAAGAAUUUCUCUUCUCUCCCAACGACUCUGCAGCAGAUAUCGCCAAACACGUUUAUGACAACUGGCCAAUGGACUGGGAGGAAGAGCAGGUCAGCAGUCCUAACAUCCUGAGGCUCAUCUACCAGGGACGUUUUCUACACGGCAACGUAACACUAGGAGCUCUCAAACUGCCCUUGGGGAAGACCACAGUGAUGCAUUUAGUUGCCAGAGAGACUUUGCCUGAGCCAAAUUCCCAAGGUCAGAGGAACAGAGAGAAGACCGGGGAGAGUAACUGCUGUGUCAUUCUGUAAAUACACACCUCCACCGCCACCCCCUUUCAUCCUUCGCAUCCGUUCUCGCCCUCCAUGUCCUGGACCUAAUGAGCUUGUACCUUGUCCUGGAGCCUGUCUACACUGCGAAUACUCAUAGAGACAUUUAACGAAACAAACAAACUCGUACUUUCUCUGUUUUUCCUCUUCUCCCUCAUACACAUGCAUAGAAGGACAGCAGGCUCAGGCUGAUCCAGGACAGACGUGGAGAGCAGUAAAUUGAUUAAAGAUAGAGUUGAUUCCUUUGUUGUACUUGAUUUGCUGUCAUAACUGAAAAUUAGAAGGAACUGGAUUUGCAUGGUUUUUUUUUUCUUUCUUUCUUAAUGCAAUCCUUUUGAAGCCUUCUGCCAUACACAUGCAUGCACACAUACAUUUGCAGUAAACACACACACACCUUGUCGAGCCAUCCGCAGGCGGUCUUACAAGUCACCUUUCUAACUGGCUCUUUGCUCUGGCCGGUUGUCAUUGUAAUGCAGUGCCCAAAUUUGUGCGUGUGGCCUUGUUUUCUCAUACAGACCGCAGAGAAUUUUAACCACUAACAGCUCAUCAGCAUACCAACAAACACGCACGCUCUGACUUCCUGUCCUCACAUCGAGCCGCGCGUGCUUGCGUGAUACCCCUUAGUGCGGCAGACAAAGCGCAGACGUGCCUGAUCAGAGAACUCAAAACAUUACACGCACACACACACAUAAUAACACACACAUGUGUGCCCUAUUUACUGCCCUCCUCUGCAUGUGCCCUUAAAGGUCGCAAGAGAGAAACGAUUCCCUUUUUUUUUUAUGUCGAGAGCGACACGUCCCACUCCUUUGAGUCCGUUGUGUUUUAGCCAAACGAAGCCUAACAAGCAAACAAAUAGAAAACAACCAUUUUUUUACGGUCUUGUUUUUCGAUAUUUGUUUGUUCAUGAUUUUUUUUUUUUUUGGUGACUGUGUUUUGACAGUCCACUCAUAUUAUCGACCGACUAGUGUUGUGAUUAAUGAAACAUCAUGCCAAUUUUCUUUCCGUGACACGCCGUCGCUGUCUCACUGUGCCCCCCCCUCCCUUUAUUUUUAUAGCAGUAUUGUGAAGGAUCUCUCAGACAGUUGCUUUAUAAGCACGGACAUUAACUCAGAAGGAAAAGGGUCCUUAUUUGUCUUAAUUUGCCUCUUAAAUCUGCAUUAAUAAGUCCAGUUUGCACAACUAAAGCAUGUGCUCCUUCAUUAGAUUACUAAAACAAAUGUAUAAAAAGCUUUGUUUUAUUUUAUAUUUUUCCAGUGGAAGUAAUGUUCCAAACUAAGGUAACAUGUGUAGAAUAUAUUUAAUAUGAAUCUUAUAUAGAAAAUGACGACUUUAGAUCUUGGUGAUAUAUAUUAUAUUGGUGUUUAGUCUAUGAUUGUGUAUACGGUUAGCUUCUAGCCAGUUCACAGUCACUCUCUGACAAUGUCUUGUGCUUAACAGCAGCAAAUCCUCCCUAAUCAUUUAUGGACUGAUGGAUUUUUGUUUUCUUUCUUCUGUUCUUUCUCUUUUAUUAUGCUUUUCUUUUUCAUUUGUUUAUAAAGUAAUAUAAUCCUGUUUCUUUGUGGGGUUUUUUUGUUUUUGCUUUAAAGAAUCGCUUUGUAACAGCACUAGGUCUUAAAAAAAUAUUGUUUAUAUUGAUCAGGGUUCAAAUCUGUACAGAGAUAAACGUUUUCAAACCAAUUGUAAAUAGCACUAAUGCUCUCCCCUCCCCUCCUGCAAACUUCAAAAUGGAAUACAUCUGUAAACUAAAUAAAAGUUAUUGAAGUGCGCUA